ACACACUCAUCUGUGUGAAUCCCGAAGGACUUCUGGUUCUGGACGAGCUUUAAAUUAGGGUUUUACUGUUACACAACACGCACAGAGAACGAACGCUUUUAUGGAUAGCGCGAAGAGUGGUAGUACUGGAAAUACGGGCAUGGCGGAAGAGAAAGAGCAAUUGGGACAGCAGCAAGAAGAAGAAGAAGGAGGUGAAGCAGAGGAGGAAUCGAGGAGGAGGAAUGGGAUGAUGAAGCCAUGGGAGCAGCAUUCGGCUGUGAUCAACAUCCCUCGCUUCGACUACAACGCCCCUUCCUCCCUCCUCCAUCGCUCCCAUUCCGGUUUUCUCCUCACCUGCCCCAUCAAGAGGGAGAAAAGUGCCACAAAAGAAGCCAUAUCCAUUCUUCAACAGUUUAUUGGGUCCUUCAAUAGUUGCAGCUCUGAAUGUUCCGAAAUUUUUGACGGGGAUGUUGAUGCUAAGAGAAGGAAAAUAUGCAUGGGAGAAAUAGACCACCAAGAAUGUCCCAGCAGCACACAAGGUAAACUUUUAGAGGAUUCUUGUGUGGAGAAAGCCUUUGCCAAAUGGGAUAGUGCUACGCUUUCUCUAGUUAGGUUGACAAGGAGUGGCUUGCUUCUGUUUGUGUUUCCUAGUAGUGAUUCUCCUGAUGCUGUUGAUAUUGUGUCAAGAAUUAUGUGCUCUCUGGAAUCUGGAAGUUUAGCUUCACCACUUUGGUGUCAUCGAAUUUUUCCUAUCCAAGCAACUUGUUGCUUGAAUGAGAAGGAUCUACGUGCAACUGUGUCGAAGCUUGUUCUUCAGUUUGUGAAUGACAAGCAGAACAAACUUGCAAGACCUGUUAAGUUUGCAGUUGGGUAUAAUCGCAGAGGAAUUGAGGAGACAGAGAUGAAGAUUUCAAAAAAUACUUCAAAAAGUCAUGAAGAUUUGGCUUUGUUAGACCGCAACAAAUGCUUUAGUCUUGUGGCCACAGCAGUUAAUGAUGUUGUAACAGAUUCAGUCGUGGAUCUGAAGUCUCCAGAGUUAUCAGUUCUUGUGGAACUGCUACCCAUCUCUGGGUUGCCCAAGGAGGCAUUAGUGGUUGCCGUCUCAGUUCUUCCAUGCAACCUUGUUACCACUAAGCCGCGACUUUGCAUUAAGGCACUGCUAUCUGAUACAAAGGCUAAGAGUGACGGGAAGAAAAUCGAUAGAGGCCCUGAAGGGACUGAAGAUAAAAAACAGUCUGGUGCUAGUUUCUAGUGUAAGGGGAUGGACAUGCUGGUUUUCUGCUGCCAUGUAGGUCCUUGAUACCCUGUCUACCUAUUGAUCUCUAGGGGGAGAUGCGAAGAAGUACAGUUGCCAAUGGUUACGUGAGCUGCAAGUGCCUCAUUUUGUGGGUAAAGCCAAUUUCACUGAAUAUGCAUCUUUGGUUGAAUCUGAUUUCAUCUGUUCACUGCAUCCCAGCUGUGUUAUGGUUUUGUAGCUCUUUGUUCUACUAUUUGUCUAGGUUUUUUAUGCCAAGAUAUCUGCAACAUUGUUGAAUGCCUAUGGUUUAAAAGAAUGCUUUGGUUGUACUGGAUUUUGAAGUAAAAUGACAGUUGAAUUGAAGGAUCCAA